AUGAAUGCAGACAGCACAAUUGCGAGAUCUGAUUCGUAUUGUCACAAUGGUGGUCGAUUGGCAGCUAAUGAACAUUGCGAUUGUAAUCCUCCAUACACAGGUCCACGAUGUGAUGAUUACGCUUGUGUUCACGGUAUUUCGGUGGGCGCACGUUACGAUUCCGAAAGUUUAUUUUUCAAUAAACCAUGUCUAUGCGAUGAAGGCUGGAUUGGUGAUUUAUGUGAAGUACCGAUAGCUAAUCAAUGUAACGAUCGAGGAGAAUUCAAAAAUGGCCGUUGUCAUUGCAUUGGGUACUUUUUUGGUUCACAGUGUCAGUAUGUGAGUCGAUGCGAACACGGAAGGCGUAAGCACGGCAGGUGUAUUUGUGAAGACGGUUGGGAGGGCGAUUACUGCCACGAAAUUAUUUGCCAACAUGGAUAUCCAGAUGCACAAAACGGCAGUCAGUCGUGUGUUUGUCCGAUUCGCUUCAGUGGCAUUCAUUGUGAUCGUUGCGCACAGAAUGCUCCCAAAGUCGAGCCCUAUCCGGACUGCACAAUCCAUCUACCAGCUCCAAGAGCACGCAUCCUCAGGCAAAAAACCAAUUCACAAAUUCGAUCACGUAUCGUUAUAACAGUCAGCGCAUGUCUGUUACUACUUUUGUUAAUUUUAACAAUGUUCAUUCUUCAUCGAAGACGCCAAAAACAAAUGCGCAAAUCAACAGUCGAAUAUGCAGGAAGACAUGAAUUGCGAGAGCGUCAAAACAUGCUCGAAAAAGCGGUCGUUUCACCAGAACAAAUCCGGAACCAUGAAAGGCUAGGAUUAGUGUAA